UUCAUUUCAUUUUCCCGACAAUCAAGUGCAUAAUGUUGUUCUCUGGAAAUUGGAUGUUUCUUCUUUUACUUUUAAAAUACCAAUUAAGUUUGUCUUUAGCGAAUGAACCAAUGUGUUCAAAAUUUGCUUAUGAAGAGCAAUUGUUAGAAAAAAUGAUAAGGCAGGAAAUCAAAGUAGAAACGAUGCAGAAUGAUAUUAAGAAAACCCAAGAAGCUGUUUCUAACACACUGGAGGAAAUUAAGAAGACUGGUGAAGAAGUGUCUCAAACACUCAAGUCAUUGCAGAACAAUUUCACGGAGGUGUUGGAAAGAAUCACUCUAGAAAAAGAAAAGAAUGAAGAAAUACUGAGGAACACAAUUGAUGAAUUACGGAAUUAUUUCACAAUCGAUAUGGACAAAGGAAUAAAGAUGUUUAUAGAAACCUUGAAGAAGCCUUCCGUUGCAUUCUUUGCACACAAUGUGGUAGAUCUAAAGCUAGACAGAACAGACAAAAUCAUCAUAUUUACUACAGCAAUGACCAAUGAAGGAUCAGAAUAUGACACUUCCACUGGGAUCUUCACAGCUCCUGUCGGGGGAUUGUACCAAUUUAUUAUUAAUUAUUGUACACCCGUCAACAAACAUUCACCUCUUGCGUUGGUGCUAUCUGGAAACGUGAUUGCUCGGUCGUCAAAUUAUGAUGAAGACGGCCAUACUUGCAGCUCCUUUUCUGCAGUAAUAAGAGUGAAAUCAGAAGUGAAGGUGUGGGUUAAAUGUUUGGAUGGCAGAUCCGAAUAUGCUUUACAAGAAGGCGAUUGGAAGAUGAGCUCCUUCAGUGGAAUUCUUGUCAAAUAAGUAACAGAUGAUUUUAGUACAGUAAAAUAGUGCAUAGUGCGCUGCAUGUUUUACAAAAGUGGUGUACAUGUAUAUAUUCAUCACUGAUUAUUUCUUGACUGCUAUAUUAUUGUUUGUGAAAUAAGUAUAUAUUCGUUUAUUUAAGUGUCUUAAUUCUCAUAUUUACAAAUACACGUAUAAUACAUAAAAUUCAUAUACAUUUAAAAUACAAAUCAGCUAAGAUUUUUUAGAGACAUAUGUAACCAUUAUCACAUAUAAUAUGACUAUUUACAUAUAAAACAGGUAAGAACUAGAAUGCUCCUAUUUAUCUAAUUCAUUUUUAAAUUGCUUUAGAAGAAAUAAAAGAAAAAAAUAGAAGUGGGAUAAUUUGGCAAUGUACACAACAACUUAUAGAAGUUCAGUUCAUUAAUUUUGAUCUCCUUUUGUAUUAUAUUUUAUUGG